AGAUAUUAUAUUUGAGUGGUUUUAGAGUCCACCAUAAAUAAUGUACUAUCAACAGAAAACGCCUUUCAUUUUUCUAACGAGUUACUCGUUUACGACUGCACGUUUGCUCACGUCGUUGGUGUGACCAUCCAAUCAGCUUUGCCAAAUCUUCUCGCGGUUUGAGUUCAAAAUACACAGAGCAACCAGCAUGAAAAGGACAACGAUCCAGUCCAGUGUUAUUGAACUUUGACUAAAUAUAUGAUUAUUGUAUCUAGAAAGUUGUUGAAGAUAAAAUAUAUAUCUAGCUACUAAACAGGCUAGCUAGCUAAUUUACAGAACCAAAAUGGCAGAAGGAGGAGAGGCAGACUGGGAACUUUGCAAAGAGAACAUCCAGCCCUUGAAGAAAGGUCGGGACAUAUCAGUUUUACACCAGGCACUCAGUCAACAGCAAGAGGGAUCGAGCUCUGCCACCAACCAACACAAACAGGCUUUUGAGUCUGAACUGAGAGUGUAUGACGGAGAUGACCCCCUUGAUGUUUGGGAUCGGUAUGUUAAAUGGACAGAGCAGACCUAUCCACAGGGAGGAAAGGAGAGUAACCUUUCUGUGCUUUUGGAGAGAGCUGUGAUGCGCUUCACAGAGGAAAAUGCAUAUCACAAUGACAGCCGUUAUGUUGACCUAUGGAUCAAGUUUGCGGAGAGCUGUCACGAGCCUUUGGAUAUCUACAGAUAUAUGCGAGGCAAGGGAAUAGGAGUACAACAGGCUUCCUUCUACAUUGCCUGGUCUGAGGAGUAUGAGAAUCAGGGCAACUCUCGAACAGCAGACAGUGUCUACCAGGAGGGCUUCAAGCGUGGGGCUGAACCUCGGGAGAAACUCCUGCAGUUUCACAAGGCUUUGCAGGCGCGUGUGUCCCGGCAGGUGAUGUCUGGCAUGGUGGAUGAGGAGGAGGAGGAAGCUGAGGCAGCGAAGCCUGAGCGGGUUUCUCUGGUGGAUCUAAAACACAGGGGGAAGAAAAAGGCUGUUGCACCUAUCAGUAGAGUUGGUGCUGCACUGAGCAGUAAUUCACGAAGCCUACAGUUACAAGGCCCACCAGCUCUGGCCAGCAGUGGUCAAAACAGUCGCCUUGUGAUCUUUGAUGAGAACAAGGCUACCAGUGCUGAGCCCUCUGAACCAAAGUUGGAAUCUUGGAUGGCCCCACCCCCAUCGAGAUCCAAGGAGAACGAACAGAGGCCUGAGAAAUGGAGCAACGUAAAGAUGCCAAUGAAGUCCAGAAUUGGUCACAGUGUUGUGGCUCCGCCCAGCAAGCCAAACUUCCAGCCCUUUGUGGAGGAGUCGGAUCAGCCUCCAGCUAUGACACCGUGUAAGAUCAACCCAGCGGUGAAUUCAGUGUUGUCUGCACGGAAGCCCUGCAGGGAUGAGACUCCUCUGAAGAGACUGCAGCAACAGCAGCAGGAAGAGGGGAAAGCUCAGGAGCAGAGCAUGUACUGCAAGGAUCUGCUGCUCAGUGGCGCCUCCGAGUUCUGCUUUGAGGAACUGCGGGCCGAGCGCUACCGCCAGAAGUUGGCAUUGGAGUCAGGGGGCAGUGGCAAGGAAGAGCAAGCGGGCUCUGGUCUUCCAAACUGACACAUUUCCACAAGGACAUUGACAUGUUCAGUGUUUUAUCAUUAGGGAGCAGACUAUCAGUGUCAUCAUGUAUGUAUUUUAGCGUUUGUGCUUUGUAUAUACAAACAUUUCCAGUGGAAAUCAAACCCACAACCCUGGCGUUGCAAGCGUCAUGCUCUACCAACUGAGCCACACGGGACCACUAAUAACACACUGUAUCUGUCUCUCUUUCCUCUUUAUUAUUUCUUUGCCUGCUUCAUGUAACCUCUCAGUAGUGUAGGCAGGACGUGAGAAUAACAUGGAGAAGUCCAGAGGUGAGAAUGACUGGGCUCAAUUCACAUUGAUACAUAGCUGUCACUUCUGUGUGUAUAUAUAGGUACAAAUGUCCCCCCUAAGGCUAUGUGUCAAUUUUUAAUAAAUGAGAAAUAAUGGUGA